CGUCGGGUUUCCUCGAUGAAGAAAUGAAAGCGAAAGCGGCGGGGAGCGAAGCCGUCGGUGCGGCGAUGGCGGGGCAGCGCCCGGGCGCCUUCCCGCUGCUGGUGCGCGGGGACUGGGGCUCCGCCGAGCCGCCGCCCGCCCUGAAGAAGAAGCUGCUCUGCUACUUCCAAAGCCAGAAGCGCUCGGGAGGCGGCGAGUGCGAGCUGCGGGCCGGCACCGACACCGGGACCGGGACCGGGCACCUCCUCGUCUGUUUCACCCGCCCCGAGGUGAGGCAGCGGGUGCUGGACCGGCGACUCCACGAGCUCGAGUGGGGGCCCGGCGGGCGGCUGUCGCUGCAGGUCACCGCGCUGCCCGCAGGCGGCGACUCCGCGCAGGAGGAGGGACGGGCCGGAGGGGCCGAGGCGCCAGUUAAUGAACCCCAGGUGUCUCUUCCCAUCUGCCAGAGUAAGGAGACUCCUGUGUGUACUCUGCAGGAGAAGGCAGAAUCAUGUGAGAAAUUGGAAGAAGAAAAAGCAACCUCUAGGAAGUCUGUCAUAGUAGUAACCACUGCCUCUGGGGAAGAAAUAGAAGAUGAGAUUGUGGAAAUGUACUUCGAAAAUAAAAAGAAGUCUGGUGGGGGGAUCAUCAGGUCCUAUGUCAAAGAGGGUCAGCGAAUGAUCAUCACCUUUGAGGAUGAACAAGAUGCCCAAGAAGUUUUGCAAAGGAAGCAUCACAAGGUGAAGAAAAUUGAUCUGUUCGUGAAGCCGUGGCAAGUGGACGCUCUGCAGGAGCCAUGCCAAGCGGAGAACUCUGAAGGAUCCCUGCCUUCCACCUCAGUUGUGCUGGAGAAUAUGAAGGAGACAGUAAAAGAUUGCAUGGUUAUUAUGCUGGUAGAGAACGUCAGCGGCUUGUCAGAGGAUGAUGGUGACUUCAGUGUGGAAAUGAUCCCUGAGUUACGUGCUGCUGUAGUUACUUUUACUGCAAAUACUGAUACAGGGGAAUUUGCUAAAAAGGUUAAUCAAAACCACAGAGCAAAGCAACAAAACAUUACUGCACGUUGCCUCGAGCUAACAAAGAGCAUUAGGGCUGAAAAUAUACCACCCAACACAUCCAGUGACUAUAUAACCAUCUACUUUGAAAAUAAGAGGAACGGAGGUGCACAAGUGACGGAUGUUCAACAGCUGCCUGACGAAGAUGCAGCUAUCAUUACAUUCAGUGACCAUAAAGAUGUAACAAAUAUCCUGGCAAAGAAGCAUACAAUCAACAAAACGCCAAUCUCUGUCUAUCCUUACUACACCUCGCUGGGAACAGCUCUAUAUGGAAAGGAAGGGCCACAGAUAAAGAAGCCAGAUCCAAUUACAUUGCCUCUGGACCCUUAUAUCUGGAAUUAUUUGCAAAAAAAUAGCAGCCUCAUUGCAGCCAUAAAUUGUGAAAUGGCAAAGUGUAAUUGUGUGCCAGCGUGGCCUGAACCCCACUGUGCAGACCCAAAAGUUUCCUUGCAUCCUUCUGCUGUUUUGUGUGAGCAGAAGAGAUCAGUAUCUCAGUUGGUCAAGAGAUGGAAGGAAAAUGUUUCCGCAGCCUUUUCACAAAGCAUAUCAAAGUAUGAAGCAAUUCAAUGUCAAGUAAGCGCAGAGGUGUGGGAAGCCAUUAGAAACAGCUUUCCCUGUGAUGAAGUUCUGAUGAUCCCAUGUAUUUCCAAGGAUUUACUUGUUCUAGUGGGAGAAAAAGAAGUUGUGAGUAAUGUUGAACAAGAACUGAAGGUUCUGAUUGAAAAGGCCACCAGAGAAAUUGAAAGAGAAAAGCAAAGAACUGAACAAGUGGUGACAGUGAGUCCAGGGGAAUAUGGAAUUUUACAGGUUUCUGGCCUGGAAGAAAAAUUUCGUAUGGAGUUCCCGGGUCUGAAAAUAACUUACGAUUAUUUGCAGAAAAUAAUUAGGCUAUGUGGUGUGCCUGAGGAAGUUUAUAAAGUAAAAGGGGAAAUAUUCGAUACUAUGCACAAAAUGGUAAAGAAAACAGUUAAUAUCCACCCUUAUAUUUUCCAGUUUUUAGAGCAUAUUGAUAAUGAAACCCUGUCACAGAGUCUGUUUAUGUCAAAACAAAUUAAUGCCUUUUAUGAGCUUGGCACAGGAGCUGUCAUCUUGAAUGGGAGUACUCCUGAAGAUCUCCUAAAAGCAGAAGAAGAAAUAAAGAAGGAACUGGACUACAGAAACAUUGCAUUGGAGGAUGAGUCAGUCCUCCAGGAGAAGGAAUGGCAGAUGCUCACCAAGGAAAACUGCUCUAGUGAAGCUGUAACAGUCACUCAGGCAGGGAGUCAGGUCGUCAUUGCUGGUUGUUCUCAAGCAGUAGCAAAAGCCUUUGAGGAACUUUCCAGCUUUAUAGAUGAAAACACACAGGUACAAAGGGUCAUUGGAGGAAAGCCCAUGGCGGUCAUGAUGUUUUUUGAGAAAGAGAAGGUUGAUGUUUGGGGUGGCUUACUGAAAAAAGGUGUGAAAGUUGACUUUAGCACACAGAAAAAGUGUAGGGUUAUAUCCUUGAGUGGAUCAAGGCCAAAAGUGCUGGAAGGAGUCAGCCUAGUUGAGCAAAUACUAUCUGGCCUGUACUAUAAGCGUGUGGUAAUUGGAGCACCAGGAGCCAAGUCAUAUUUCAAAGAGCACGAACGGGUUUUGGCCUCCCAUGCAAAACAAGAGUUUAAAUGUUUAGUCCGGCUGGAAGAGCACUCAGAAGAGCACCUGGAAGAACAGCAAGAACAUAGUAAUGAAGGCAAGCCCUAUAUGCAAGUGACUAUGGGUGAAAUUGUAAUAGCAGUUUAUAGAGCUGACUUAUGCACUCAUUCUGUUGAUGUUGUGGUGAAUGCGUCUAAUGAAGACCUAAAGCACAUUGGUGGCCUUGCUGAUGCACUGCUAAGAGCUGCUGGUCCAGCACUGCAAGAAGAGUGCGAUGAGCUGGUGAGGAAGAACGGGCAUUUCCAUCCCGGGAGCGCAGUUCUCACGGGCGCUGGGAAACUCCCCUGCAAGAACGUCAUUCAUGCUGUUGGGCCCAGGUGGAGGAAGGAGGAGCCAGAAAGGUGCGUGGACUUGUUGAGGAAGACAGUGAAGAAAAGUCUAGAACUGGCUGAAACAUACAAUUGUUCUUCCAUAGCUCUGCCUGCUAUAAGUGGAGGGAUUUUUGGCUUUCCACUGGAACUGUGUACAUAUUCAAUUGUAUCCUCUAUCAAGGAGACCUUGGAAGGAUCCAAGGGGGACAGCAGCUUGAAGGAAGUUCAUCUUGUGGAUAUUGUACAGGAUAACAUUCAGGCUUUCAGCAAGGCACUUAGAGAAGUGUUUCCAGAUUCUUCACCUUCCUACGGGUCCCUGCAUCAGGCCAGUAAAAUUCCUCAACCUAGGGAGCGCAAAAUUUCUCAAAAAAGCAAGAACUUACCAUGCAUAACAACUGAGGAAGGCCUUGAUAUUGUGCUGCAAACAGGAAGCAUUGAAGAUGCUGCAACAUCCAUUGUUGUCAUCAGUGUUGGCAAAGAUCUCCAGCUUGAUAAAGGGCCACUUGCUAAAGCUUUGCUAAGCAAGGCAGGGCCAAUGCUUCAGACAGACUUGAGAAAAGAAGGCCUAGGAAGAGCUGAGGAGGGAGCUGUAUUGAAAACAAAUGGCUACAAUCUAGACUGCAGUGUUGUGCUUCAUGCUAUUGUACCUGCGUGGUCCCAGAGAAAAACAUCUUCAAAGGUCUUCGGUGACAUCAUCACAAAAUGUCUGGAGAUUGCUGAAGAACUGUCUCUAAAGUCAAUUACUUUUCCGGCAAUUGGGACAGGAAAUUUAGGAUUCCCAACCUUUAUUGUUGCUGAAUUAUUGUUUGACAAGGUGUUUGAAUUCAGUAGUAAAAAUGGAGUAAAUUCUCUUGAGGAAGUUCACUUUCUGUUGCAUCCAAAAGACACAGCUCAUAUUCAGGUAUUUUUAGAUGAACUUGAGAAGAGGCGUGGAAAUACUGCAGGUGUUGAAAUGCAGAAGCCUUCUCCAAAUGAGGCUGGCCAAGGCACAGCUUUUUCUACUACCUCUUCAACCGCAGCACAUAAUUUACUUGAAAUGACAAUUGGCUCCAUCGUGUUCCAGGUGGCAGAAGGUGAUAUUACCAAGGAAAAGGGAGAUGUCAUUGUAAACAUAACAAACCAAACCUUCAACCUCCAAACAGGUGUCUCAAGAGCAAUUCUGAAUGGUGCUGGAAAAGCAGUUGAAGUUGAAUGUUGUCUACUAGCCCAGAAACCUCACAAGAGCUAUAUCAUCACCCAAGCAGGAAACCUGCCAUGCAAAAAAAUAAUCCAUUUUGUUGCCCAAGAUGAUAUCAAGUUUCUAGUUUUCCAGGUGCUCCAGGAGUGUGAAUUACAGGGGUACACCUCUGUCACCUUCCCAGCAAUUGGAACAGGAGAGGCAGGCCGCAAUCCUGCUGAGGUAGCUGACAAGAUGAUAGAUGCAGUAACUGACUUUGCAAGAAGGAACUCUCCUGCAUCUGUGAAAACUAUUAAAGUUGUCAUCUUUCAGCCACAUCUGCUGAGUGUGUUCCAUGCAAGCAUGCAGAAAAGAGAAAAGCCUACUAAAACACCAAUCAAAUCAUUUAUUUCCAAGAUAAAAUCAUUCCGGAGCCCUGAGAAACGUUCCCCAAAGGAAAAAAGCACAGGAGUUUUGGAAAAGAAAAUCGACCUGGCUGUUGUGCAAAUUUGCGGUGAAAUUAAAAAGGAAGUGGAAGAAGCUGAAAACUGGCUGAGAAGUGCAAUUUCAAAGGAACAGCUUCAGACAGAAAUUGUAGAUGACUCCAUCUCUCAUUUCAGUGAAGAAGAGAAUGAGGAACUGCAUCACCUACAAAAGAAAUUAAAAAUUGCUCUUUAUUUGAAGGGUACCUCUAUUGGAAUUUCAGGUUUUGGGAAAGAUGUCUGGAUUGCUCAUUCAGCUAUUCAGAAAAUGAUCCUCAGGGUAAAAGCUACUAAACAGGAAGAGGUCCAAGCAGGACUUUUACAAAAUUUAAUUGAAUGGCAAUAUUUUGAAGAGGAUUCCUAUGUGCCCUUUGAUAGUCUUACAAAUAUGCAGUUGGAAAAUGCUUACAGGGGAAAGCAGAAAAGUAUUUCAGUCACCAUUGGUGAGAAAAAAUACACAGUGGAUAUGAAACUUAAAUAUGCUGUGGAUGACCAAGGAAAACAAACAGCCAUUAGACGUGUUGAUAAAUCUGAAGAUCAAGAGUCAACAGUGCUCCCUGCAACAUGGGACAAUAUGGAAAACGAGCGACUCAAAAUAGUGGAACUAAGACCAGAAACAAGAGAGUAUAGAGAUGUGCAGGAAAGGUUUCUGCAGACCUGUCAGUCAUUCAGAAUUGAAAAGAUUGAAAGGGUACAGAACCCAUAUUUUUGGAAGGCCUACCAAAUAAAAAAGCGUGAAAUGGAUAAAAAAAAUGGCAACACAAAUAAUGAGAGGCUUCUGUUUCAUGGGACGAGUAAAGAGUCAUUAACCUUAAUUAACAACCGUGGAUUUGACCGGAGCUAUGCUGGAAUGCACGCUGCAAACUUCGGAAAUGGAACGUACUUUGCUGUUAAUGCCAACUAUUCUGCCCACGACAACUACUCUAAACCAGACAUGAAUGGGAAGAAGCACAUGUACUUGGCUCGAGUCCUUGUUGGAGAAUAUUCUCAGGGCAGAAAAGGAGCGAUCACUCCAGAACCAAAAAAUGCUAGUAACUCUAUAGAUCUGUUUGAUAGUUCGACUGAUGAUGUGAGCCGGCCAUCCAUGUUUGUAAUUUUUAAUGACAUUCAAGCUUACCCAGAAUACCUUAUCACUUUCACUAGAUACCUCACAAAUAUGCAGUUGGAAAAUGCUUACAGGGGAAAGCAGAAAAGUAUUUCAGUCACCACUGGUGAGAAAAAAUACACAGUGGAUAUGAAACUUAAAUAUGCUGUGGAUGACCAAGGAAAGCAGACAUCCAUUAGACAUGUUGAUAAAUCUGAAGGUGUGUCGCGACAGACCCGAGAGGCGGGUGCCUGCCGGGAAAAGGCGCGGCCGCCGCUCUGGGAAGCGAAAGCGAAAGCGGCGGGGAGCGGAGCCGUCGGUGCGGCGAUGGCGGGGCAGCGCCCGGGCGCCUUCCCGCUGCUGGUGCGCGGGGACUGGGGCUCCGCCGAGCCGCCGCCCGCCCUGAAGAAGAAACUGCUCUGCUACUUCCAAAGCCAGAAGCGCUCGGGAGGCGGCGAGUGCGAGCUGCGGGCCGGCACCGAUGCCGAGACCGGGACCGGGCACCUCCUCGUCUGCUUCGCCCGCCCCGAGGUGAAGCAACGAGUUCUUCAGAGACAGCCUCAUGAGUUGCAUCUGGAAGGAAAAGGAAAAGUGAAGUUGACUGUCACAGAGCCUGAAACCACACGAGCUACUGAAGAGGAGACACUUGAAGAAAAACUAGCUCCCACAGAGGCUCUGGAUGCCAUGAGCAACCUUCAAACAAAAGAGAGUUUUGUUCCAAGCAGCGAACUCCAGGAAGAAGCUGGCUCUGCAGAGACCUCACCUUUGGUGGUGUUUGAGAACAUACAAAAAUGCAGUCCAAACUGCUUACGUUUGCUGUUGGAGAACAUCAGCGGCCUGACUGUAGAUGAGGACUUCACUGUGGAAGUGAUACCUGAAAUAAAUGUUGCUGUAGCUACCUUUAUACAAAGUCUUGAUACUGAAGAAUUUGUGAAAACAUGUUUACAACACAAGAGAGUCAGAGAAUUCAGAAUGACUGCCAGGGUUCUUGAACUGACCCGGACCAUCAAGGCCGAAAACCUCCCGGACAGCAUUUCCCCAGAUUACAUCACAGUUUACUUUGAGAGUGCGCGGAACGGAGGGGGGCCCGUGUCAGAUGUCCAGCUCUUCCCUGAGGAGAACUCAGCCAUCAUUACUUUCUGUGAUCGCAAAGAUGUGAACACGGUCUUGGAAAAGCGGCAUUUGCUGGAACAGACACUGAUUUCUGUGCAUCCCUAUUACCACUCUCUGGGAACAGCUCUCUACGGAGGAGAAAGACCAACUAUCAAGAUGCCAGACCCCGUUGGGGUGCCACUAGACCCGUAUGUCUGGCAGUUUUUACAAAGGCAUAAUAAACUGAUCCAAGGCAUAAACCAGGAAAUGGCAGUUUGCCAUUGUGAGCUCAAAUGGCCUCAGGCAGACCAUGCAAACCCCAACGUCACGUUGUGCCCUUCGUCAUCUCUCUCCAAGCAGAACAAGGCAAUGAUUAAGUUGAUCAAGACGUGGAAGCAAGAUGCUUCUGAGGAGUUCUCACGUAUCAUGGCACGUUACACAGCUAUAAAAUGUAAAGUCAAGUCAGCAGAUUGGGGAGAUGUGAAAACCAGGUUGUUGGAAGAUGUUUCUUUGAUCAUAACUGAUGUUUCUGAGGACAUGGUGGCGAUUGCAGGCAGCAGAGCAGCAGUGGAGAGCGCAGAGAAAGAAGUGAGGGAAUGCAUGGAAAAGGCCAUGAAGCAAAGUGAAAGGGAAAAACAAAGCAUAGAAAUUUCUGUGCCAGUGGUCCCAGGGAAGUAUGCUGUGCUACACAAUGCUGGGUUAGAAGAGAAUAUUCACAAGGAAUAUCCAUGCCUCAGGAUCUUUUAUGAUGACAAAAAAAAGGCUGUUCAGUUGUGUGGAUUACCUGCGGAAGUAUAUAAAAUCAAAGCUGACUUACUGGAAAAGGUGUUGAGUAUGCCUUGUACAUCAGUGUCCAUUGAUCCCCGUGUUUUCCACUAUCUACAGGGUUUGGAUAAUAAAAAAAUGUCAGAUACGUUAUUCCUUCAGAAAAAAAUCUAUACUUUUUAUGAACUUGAGGAGGAUACUGUGUUGCUGUAUGGAGAUACUCCCAAAGACCUUUUAGAAGCAGAAAAGCAAAUAAAAACCAGCUUAGAAUCCAAGUGCAUCAAUGUGGAGGACAGUGAGGUCAUGAAAAAAGAGCAGUGGAAGAAACUUCUUGUCUCCUUGCAUAAGACAUACAAUUCUUCCCAGGAAACUGUAAUCAUUGAGCAGUCUGUUGGAAAAGAAAAUAAAGUGAUUAUUGCUGGCUUUUCUAAGGCUGUGACAGAGGUUUAUCAGAAGCUUAAUGAUUUUAUAGAUAAAAACACGCUUGUGGAAAAAAUAAUCCCAGCAAAUUCAGUGGUGGUAGAGUUCAUAGAGAAGGAGAAAUCUGGUGCUUAUUGUGAAUUGAGGAAGAAAGGGGUGACAGUACGUUUUGACAUCAAGACACCAUGUAUUUCCCUGAGGGGACCAAGAGCAGAAGUGCCAGAAGCAGUCAACAUGUUUGAAAAACUUGUCUCAUCCCUUUACUCAAAAAAUGUGCCAAUUGAUAAGCCAGGAGCCAAAGAGUUCUUCAUUGAGAGGCAAGAUUCCUGUGUUUUUGAGGCAAAGCAGAAAUUUAGCUGUUUCAUUAGAAUCAAGGAAGAAGAAGAAAAACAACAACAACAAUGGAAGGGUGAGAAAGUGAAAAGAAAGCUCUACUACGAAACAAGACUGCCACAUGGAAUUGUAGUAGCAGUGUAUAAAGGUGACUUGAGUGAUUAUCCUGUUGAUAUUGUGGUGAAUGCAUCUAAUGAAGACCUACAGCUCCUUGGUGGCAUUUCUGGGGCACUGUUAAGAGCUGCUGGUCCAGCACUGCAAGAAGAGUGCAAUGAGCGGGUGAGGAUGAUCGGGCGUUUCCAGCCCGGGAGCGCAGUUCUCACGGGCGCUGGGAAACUCCCCUGCAAGAACGUCAUUCAUGCUGUUGGGCCCAGGUGGAGGAAGGAGGAGCCAGAAAAGUGUAUAUGGUUGUUAAAAAAGGCAGUGAAGAAAAGUCUAGAACUAGCUGAAACAUACAAUUGUUCUUCCAUAGCUCUGCCUGCUAUAAGCGGAGGGAUUUUUGGUUUUCCACUGCAGACAUGUGCAGAUUCAAUUGCAUCUGCCAUCAAGGAGAUGCUGGAAGGAUCCAUGGGGGACAGCAGCUUGAAGGAGGUCCAUCUUGUAGAUAAUGCUGAAGAAACCGUUCAGGUCCUGAGUGAGACAGUAAAAGAAGUGUUUUCAGGUAAAUCAUCCUCCCCAACACCACGCGUGGAAAGCUGUAAGAUGAGAAAAAGGCAGAAGGAGAAGACAAAAGAAGGUGUGAAGAUGGUUACUACAAAGGAAGGACUUUGUGUCCACGUAGAGGAGAAAAACACUCAGGAAGCCACGACGGAUGUUGUUGUCAACAGUGUUGGCUCAGAUCUGGAGUUUGGCGUGGGGCCUCUUUGCAAAGCCUUGCUGGAAAGAGCUGGACCAGCACUCCAAGUAGAGUUUGACAAAGAAAAACAAAGUCAGGCUUCUGGUCCAGGGAGUGUGGUCUGCACCAGUGGAUAUGCUCUGGCCUGCAAGUCUGUGUUUCAUGCCAUACUACCCGGGUGGAAUGGAGCAGAGACAGAGAAGGUCCUAGAAGAUGUAAUGAAUUUGUGCUUGAAGAAAGCUGAAGAACUUGGACUGAAAUCGAUCUCUUUCCCAGCUAUUGGGACUGGAGGAUUUGGAUUUCCUAAAAGCAUUGUUUCUAAGUUAAUGUUUGAUGUGGUGUUUGAGUUCAGUAGUAGCCACACUCCGAAGAAUCUCCAGGAAGUUCAUUUUCUCUUGCAUCCAAAAGACAUUGAUAACAUUCAGGCUUUUACCACUGAACUAGAACAUAGGGUAGCUACAAGUUGCAAUGCUGCAGCACCACAGCCAAGUUUCAUUAAGCCUGUUUCUACUGAAGUAUUGGGAGUUCAUGAAAUGAGGAUUGGUUCCAUCACGCUCCAAGCAAUUAGUGGAGAUAUUACCAAGGAAGAUACAGAGGUUAUUGUAAACAUAUCAAAUCAGUCAUUUGAUGCCAAAACAGGGGUCUCCAAAGCCAUUAUGGAUGCUGCUGGUUCCCAGGUGGUAGACGAAUGUGCUCAGUACGCUGGGCAGCAUCAAAGUGGCUUUAUCACUACACAAGGUGGAAAUCUGUUGUGCAGUAAAAUCAUUCACUUGCUUUCCAGUAACCACGUGAAGAGUCAGGUCUCCAAAGUGCUUCACGAGUGUGAGCAAAGGAUGUACAAAUCUGUUGCCUUCCCAGCUAUUGGAACAGGUCAAGCAGGACAGAGUCCAGCAAAGGUGGCUGAUGAAAUGUUGGAUGCCAUAGUGGAAUUUGCAAGCAAAAAAUCAGUACAGCAUUUAGAGACAAUUAAAAUCGUCAUCUUCCAGACAAAUAUGCUGAAGGACUUCUAUGAAAGCAUGAAGAAAAGAGAAGAUUUGGAGUCAUCCACGGCGGAUUCGUGGUUUUCUAUGCUUAAAUCCUUGCUUUGGGGCAAAAAACAGUCUACUGAGAAGAAAAAGCCCGUGAUUUUGGAGAAGAAAGUCAAUUUAGUCACGUUUCAGAUUUGUGGAGAAAGCCAAGAAAAUGUGGAUGCAGCUGAGUCCUGGAUAAAGGAUUUAAUUUUAAAGGAACAGAGUGAAACUACUUUUACAAAUGAGCUAAUUGAAAGUUUUGGUGAGAGGGAAAUUGCUGCUUUAGUAGAUCUCCAGAGAAGAAAGCAUGUCACCAUUCAGCUUGACAGUAAACUUUCUCCCCCAGUAAUUACUAUUUCUGGUAUUAGCAGAGAUGUCUGGUUUGUUUUGGUAGAAAUUCAGAAAAUGGUCCAAAAAAUGAAGGACGUUGAAGAAGAACAAUCCAAGGCAGAACUUCUUUCUAACCUGGUAGAAUGGAGGUAUCUAGGAAGCAACGAUACCUUUGUUGCUUUUGAUAAACGGACAAAUAUGCAGCUGGAGGAUGCCAAACUAGCUAAAAAACCAUAUCUCAAUGUCAAAAUUAACAAGAAGAACUACAAGGUGGAUCUGAAUACUCUACAGGCUCAUGAUGACCAAGGGAAAACUAUAAACAUUCAGCGUGUGUCAAAGAAUGAAGAGCUCCCUAAGGAGUGGGAAGACUUGCAAAAUGAACGGGUCAAACUGGUGAAUCUCAAGCCAUCACAUCCGGAUUAUAGAACAGUUGAGAAGAUGUUUAGGACAACCUGUGCCAACUUUACCAUAGAGAAGAUUGAAAGAGUACAAAAUCCCUUCCUCUGGCAGACAUACCAAAUAAAAAAAAAAUCUAUCUGUAAAAAGAACAAAAGGGAAAAUAAUGAGAAGUUGCUAUUUCAUGGGACAGCUGCAUCCUCACUGAGCACGAUCAACCACUGUGGAUUUAAUCGCGGAUUUGCUGGAAAGAAUGCUGCAGCCAUUGGAAAUGGAACCUACUUUGCUGCUCAUGCAAGUUAUUCUGCUCAGAAUCAGUAUUCUGUUCCGGAUGUGAAUGGCAAAAAACACAUGUACUUGGCUCGGGUCCUCACUGGGGAGUACUGUGCUGGGAAGGCUGGACUAAUCACUCCACCACCAAAGAACCCAGCAGAUCCUACUGACCUGUAUGACAGCGUAGUUGAUAAUGAGUCUAAUCCAACAAUUUUUGUCAUUUUUAAUGACAUUCAGGCAUAUCCGGAAUACCUUAUUACUUUCAAAUAA